CCUAGUCUAUUGUGUACACGAGUCGUGCGUGACAAUAACACUCACAGAACUGCUCUGUCAACCUUCGCGAAGGCUUUGCCGACACCUUCGCUGCAUCGCUGCAGCAUAAGGCAAGCACCACAAGCACCACUUCCCACAACCUGCAUACGAAGCGAUGCCGUCCGCACAGCUCCUCAAAACCUACGCAAAAGAAGCCCUCUGGCUCACCUGUGCCAUCGCACAAGCAUUACUGCAGCGCGUCUACGACCGCGUGCUGCGCUGCCUCUACGCCAGCGAGCGGCGCAUCCCUCUGACACGUGCCGAACUCAUGCGACCAAACAUGACACGUGUCGAACUCAUGCGACCAAACACGCUAGCACAACUGCUCGGUACGACAGUCAAAACGGUAUCACUCGGCGACAGCCAAAGGCAACAACUCAGCGACGCCAAUGAGCUAGGAGCGGGCGGCGCCGGCACGAGUAGGUGCUGGCUUGUCGUCAACGGGACGCGCCUCUUCUGCAAGCUGCCCGCCGCGACGCUCUUCGAGUCGCUCUUUCUUGACAUUUUUGGAGUCUACGCGAACGAAGUCCGGUUCUACAACACGCGCAUCAAGGCGCCUUCACAUUUAUUUGCGAAGGCCUAUGCGGCGGAGAUGAGGCGGGGCCGCUUCGUGCUGUGCCUGGAGGACGUCGGCGCGCGAGGCGUGACGUUUCCAGUUAUCGACACGCCGCACGCCGACAAGACGGUCGAGGCCGUGCUUGAGGCGCUCGCUACGUUACAUGCGUCCUGCUGGGGCUGGCCGCCGCGGGGAAUCUGGACGGACGAGACGCGGCCGCCGUUCCUGCGAUUGAUCGCGGACUCGACGCUGCGCACGAUCACGAAGCGCUGGCCGGACCUGCUGUCGGCCGACGUCGUCGCGACCGGCGUGAAAGUCUACCUGUCGCGUCGAUGGCGUGGGGGCGCUGUGACAUUCUGUAACAUUUGACGUCCGCGCAGAUCGCGACCUACCAGCUCUACCUCGAUCACUACGACGCCGUGCGGGCCCACUGGUCCUCCGGCCUGCUAGUGCUAUGUCACGGCGAUGCCCAUUUGGGAAACGUCUUCUUCCACAAGAAGGACGGGUCCGCGGGCUUUUAUGACAUGCAGUGCGUCGCGGCCGAGCACCCCAUGCGCGAUGUGGCCUAUCAUCUCAUCUUGUCGUGCGACAGCGCGGACCUGGCGAGGAACGAGCGGGCCUACGUCGAAGCAUACUUGCGGCGCCUCGCUGCCAAAGGCCAGCGCCUGUCCUACGAGGACGCCUGGCGCGAGUACCGGCUCCACGCGCUCUGGGCGCUGACGGCUCUCGUCAUCAGCGCGGGCGCGUCUUCGGACUACUUCGCGGAAGGGCCGGCGCGCCUCACGAUCAGUCGGGCGGCGGCCGCCGUGGAGCGCGUCGACGCGCGCGGGGCGCUGCUGGAUUUGAUCGACUAAUAUUCUUGUGGUUG